UUUGGUGCAACAGUGAAAAGAUCCCCCAUUUUCAUAGCUUUUAAAAUCGACAUUUUGAAAUAUUUGAUUAAACAACUAUUUUUCAAAAAGUAAAAUCAAUAAUUGUAUUUGAAAUACUAAAUUAUUAAUUAUUUAGAUUAAUUAAGCGCAAAUGUGUUAAACCUAACAAAAAAUUGAGGCGGAACUAAUAAUUGUCUUUGUUUGUUACACGAGCUUUUUCUUCCGAAGGACAACAACGAUUAGCCCACUUCCUGCAAAUGCAAGAAACCGAUAGAAUUCGAGUUUGUCCCAAAUUAUUAACUGUUUAAGGUAUUUUCUUCGGAAACAACACAAUUAUUUUAUUAUUUAAAUGCAGUUGCUGGGUACUUAAAUAGAAAGUUUGUUGUUUUAUUUUCCUUUCGCAAGCAGUUUUGUGACGUCGUCGUUUGUUGAAUCGCGAAGCACCAGAUUCUCAAUUCGAUCCCGAUCCUUUCAUCCUUCCCCCGUCAUCAGUAUUUAUGACGCAUUACUGGGGUGAGAUUCCUGGUCCCGCUGGGGCGCCUCCCAGCCGCAGCUCCUUUGAGUUGCUCCAGCGAGAGUUUCGCUCCGUGGAGAUGCAGGACCCCCCACUACACCAGCCCUCUGCCCAGCGCCCGCGGCCCACAACCAUGCUGGAUAUCCCCUCUGAGCCUUGCAGCCUCACCAUCCACACCGUGCAGCUGUGCCAGCACGUCCGCCGCCUCCGUGCUCUUCUGACGGCAGCCCAGGCUCAAGGUCAGAGCUCCACCCCAUCCGAGGGCUGCAACCGACUCGAGGAGGCCGACCCCAAUCUGCCGCUCCGCCCUCCAACCCCACCGGCAAUGCCAGAUGAUUUGCUGCCGGCAGAUAGCAAAGCCCCCCGUCAACCCUUUCAGCUUCGCCACAGUGAUCCUGAGAGCAACUUUUACAAGGGUGAAAGUGAGCCUGUCACAGAGCUGAGUUGGCCCUCCUGCCGGCAGCUCCUCUAUCAGUCAGUCGCCACAGUUCUGGCUCAUGCUGGCUUUGAGUCCGCGCACGAGAGCGUGCUGGAGACCCUGACCGAUCUGGUUCACGAGCAUUAUCUCCGCCUCACCUUCUUGCUGAGGACAGCGGUGGAUCGAGAGGCUCGUCUGGGAGCCAGCCCCUUCCCAGACGUGGUGGAGCAGGUGUUCCACGAGAUGGGCAUCGGCAGCAUGUUGGCUCUACAGCGCUUCUGGCAAGUCAGGAUCAAGGACUAUCACAGCUACAUGAUGCGGAAGAGGACAGAAGAGAGGGGGCUGUUAGAGACGAGGGGUACAGACGAAAGGGGGAGAAGGGGAGUCAGCAAGGAUCUGUCAGAGGAAUACGAGCGUCUGGUGAAUCCUGAAAAAGCUCUGGAGGACUCGAAACCUCUGAAUAUCAAGGAGGAGCCCAUGAGUGACAUCGCCUUUCCUGUCAGCGAGGAGCCUGAGGCUGAUCUGGCGUCGGGGGACCAGGCUUUGCCCAUGGGAGUUCUGGGAGCCCACACCGACAGGCUGGCUUCAGGCCUGGAUGCUGACCACUCUCCACGUACGUCAGGUGCAGGCGCAGCCAGCGGCUCCCCCCUGUGGUCCCACGUGAAAAUGGAGCCUCAGGAUGAAGAAGUGCACGGCUCGGGUCACCAUCACCCUCACCACCACGGCGUCCUGGGCGGAGACGUGUUUGACGAGGGGGAGCCCAUGUCCACCAUGAGCGAGUCGGGGGGAGCUAUGGCACCGUCUCCAGUGGGGGGGGCAUCUGACGCCAGCUACGGGUCGCACUCUCCCGAUUCGCUGAUGGGAACCUCGCCGGUUUUCAACCAGAGGCCCAAGAAAAGAGCGAAGAAGAUGUGAUGGUGGAAACUCGGAGUGACACAGAAUCAGAGCAUCCAGGACUGAACGGACAGCAGGAAUACAGUUUUUUUUUUAAGGAAUAUAGGUUUUCUAUUAAUAGUGUUUACUUGUAAAAAAAAUAAAAUAAUUUAAAGCAC